AUGGAGAUGGAAUCCAGGGUAUCACUACCAAUGUGGGUGGCAGUAGUAGUGAGGGUGUCGGCCCCUAGACCGUUCACCAGGUUGAAACCCUCUGCUUUUGUGGGCAGUACAGAUCCAGUUAGUGCAGAGAAUUGGAUCCAGGAGAUCGAGAAGAUCCUUGAUGUGUUGAAAUGCACUGAAAGGCAGAAAGUCACCUUCACCACGUUUAAGUUGGCAAGGGAGGCUGAGAGAUGGUGGGUGUCUAAAUGCGAAAAUAGAGGAAUUCAUGAAUUUGACACAGGGAUCGUUAACAGUGCAGCAGACUUUGCUACGUUGGUUGAUAAAGUCACCGUAGCAGAGGAGUGUUUGUUAGAGGAUGCAGAGGUACAGGUUACGAAGAAGAGGCCAGCACCUCCUAAUUUUUCGUUUGGGACAGGACAGGGUAAGUGGAAGAAGAAAAGUGGUGGUACGUCCCAGAAUUCCGUGCGUGUUCCACGUUGUUCUUUAUGUAGUAAGAAACACCAUGGGCAGUGUUGGUUGUCUACGAGAGCGUGUAUGCAGUGUGGUAGAAAAAGACAUCAGAUGAGAGACUGUCAGAUGCAGAGGAAUAGUGGAGCCUCGUAG